AUGGCUGUGAUUUCAGCUCAGACUCUGCUGCAGUCUCCAAGUCUCAUCGCUGCGGCUCUUGGGGCAGUUGGUUUCCUUUACGUCUUGUGGAGAUGCAUUUACAACAUCUGGUUUAGCCCCCUUGCUAAAUAUCCGGGCCCCUUUCUCGCCAAGAUCUCUCCGAUCUACAGUAUCUGGGGGCCAAUUCUACGCACCAUGCCCAAUGAGCUUGCUUUCACGGAUCCACAAGCCUGGAAAGACAUCUAUGGCCAUCGUCAGGGCCAUCCUCAAUUUCACAAAGAUCCGAUUCACGUCGGCUCCGUACAGGACAUCCCGGGUUCAACUACCCUUACGAUGGCUGAUGACAACAAUCACAGCAGACAACGACGGACUCUAGCCCAUGCAUUCAGUCAAAAGGCGCUGCUUGAGCAGGAAAGCAUUAUUCGUGGCUAUGUUGAUCUCUUCGUUGAGAAACUUACACCCUUUUCGCAGUCUGGAAAGCCCAUCAACAUGUGUGACUGGUUCAACUUCACUACAUUUGACAUUAUCGGCGAUAUGGCAUUCGGAGAGCCUUUUGGCUGCUUGAAAGAUGGAGUGUUCCACUCAUGGGUCUCGCUUAUCACACAGACGAUCAAGGCCGGAGCUUAUGAGCAGGCCACUCGACGGAUGUUCCAAGCAGGAAGCACGAUGCAGGAGCUUCUGUGCAAGCUGAUUCCGAGCGAUCUUAGAGAGAAACGUUACCGUCAUCUUGAAUUGAGCCGCGAGAAGUGUCUUAAACGCAUUGACGAAGGUCUACGCAGAGAACAUCGUGACUUCUUGUACUAUAUUCUCCGCCAGAACGAGAAGGGAGGCGUCAGCCAAGACGAGAUCAUUUUGAACAGCGCACUGUUCAUUGUUGCCGGCUCCGAAACAACAGCCUCCCUUCUUUCAGGAAUGACCAUGUGGUUGAUGCGAACUCCCCACGCUUACAAGAAGCUGACGGAAGAGAUCCGAACAACAUUCGCCAAGGCUGAGGACAUGCACUUUUUGCAGUUACAAGAGAUGACCUACAUGAAUGCAUGCAUCGACGAGGCCUUACGCAUCUUCCCUCCCCUACCGACCGGACUUGCUCGCACCGUUCCCGCGGGAGGCGACACUGUGGCCGGGGAGUUUCUGCCAGGUGGUACCAUCGUGUCGGUCUACGGCUGGGCCGCAACGCACUCACCGCACAACUUCUUCCGGCCCCAGGAGUACAUUCCCGAGCGAUGGCUGGACGAGAAGUAUGCGAACGAGAACAAGGAGGCCAGUCAGCCGUUCUCGCUUGGACCGAGAGGCUGCAUCGGCAGACACUUGAGCUACAUGGAGCUCCGCUUGAUUCUGGCGAGCUUGUUGUGGCAUUUCGACAUCGAGCGGGCUGAUGGUGACGCCGAUGUUGAUGUUUGGGAUCCGACUAACGACUUGCAGCAUGUCAAAGCGUUCAAUACUUGGAACAAGCCACCCCUGUGGUGCCGCUUAACUCCUGUUAAGCGUUGA